GAAAAGUUUAAUUUCAAAUGAAAGCACAACCUGCUCUUACCAAUGCUAGAUCUCAUAGAGUGCUCCAGAUGCAUCUUUUGGAUCAUCCGUUUAAAGUGAACAAGCAUGAUGUAGACCUUUCAAAAAUGGAUUUGUCUGAGGAGCAUCGUGCUGAAAUGCGUCACAAACUGUAUAGUCCUUGUAAAGUGAUGUCUAUAGCAAAUAGUACCUCUCGCGAACAUGGAAGCUUGCAUACCAAUUAUGCCGAUGAAGUACCUCUAAAAUGGCAAGGAACUACGCAUGCUGAAUAUGUUCCCAAGCUUUCUAAAGAAACUCUUUAUAAUCAACUUCACAAUAGAGAAUUAAUGCAAUAUACACGAGCCUCUCAUUUUGUUUUGGAGAGUGGUGAUGGUCUUGGUAAGCCGUGCAGUGUGACCAAACGGGAUUAUUGCCAAUCAGAUUUUAGUGCUGUUGAUAAACCAAAAUAUAACAGUGGUAGUGGCGAUCACAAGUCGUACCCACCAAUCUUUAGAGAUGAAAACGAACUUGUCAUGAGCAGGUCUAAAGGCACUUUAGAUAAUCAGGAUAAAAACACCCUAAAUGAUCGUUUUGAAAGGCCGUCUAUGAUGGAUUCACAGGCUACUAAAAAGGGCGUAACCCAUAUUUCAUUUGGGAAUGAGCCAACCAUUUGGAAAUCUGUUACAGCAACGGCAAUGAAAAAACAUCCAUUAGGAGAAAAGUCAUCAUUGUCAGAAUACGAGAGUCUAGAAAAAUCCAGAUCAACCAUUCUUGAUAAUCCUGAUUUAAAACUAGAUCCGAUGCAAAGUAUUCAACGUCAAGAUUUUAAACUCAAUGACGCUCUUGAUCGAUUGGCAUUAAAAGUCGACAACACUCAAUCUAUCAAGGAUUUGAAAUCAACGCAUUUUACUCUAGGAAAUAACGACUCUAGCUUUCAAGUGUCGCAGUAUCAAGCCUCAUUUGGAUCACCCUUUGAUCAGGCCAAUGAGAUUGUGUGCAAUCAUAGGCGUUUAACCAUUCCGCCACCUGCAUCUAAGCUAUGUGUGAUUGUCGAGGACUUUGAGAACCGUCGUAUUGGACUUAGCUCUCAUAAAUCAGACUAUAAAAACCCACAUAUCAGCAAUGGAGGUGGUUUAAGCAAAAAAACUGAAAUUGAUUCUAUAAAGCAUCUUAAUUCUAAAUCAUCAAUUUUGUUAGGAUUUGAUCCAAGCGAAACCUCCAAUACCAACAGAUCGGUGUCAAAAACCGAGUAUAGCCCACCAGAAAAUAAACAGGGCGGAGAGUCUGCCAAAAAUGCAUACGUUUCUGGAGCACAUAAAAUUCGUCCAGUGGUAAAAGGUUACCACCCAUUUAUCAUUGAAGAACCCAAUGACGAAAAACCAGUAGUCUUGACUGUUCAAAAGCCAGUUAAUCAUGUUUCCAACGAACACAUGAAGUAUUUAAAGGCUAGCCAUUUUGAAAUUGGAACCAGUGAUGACUCUUCCAUCGACAAGGAUCGAGCAUGCUCAACUUCCCAAUGUGAUUACACCGAUCCUUAUAAAAUGCUUGGCACUGUUAGAAAAGACGGAGCUGGUGCAUCUGGCUUAAAUAAUGGUCAGAUCUCGCGAAAAAACGAAAGCUUUGAGAAUACUUUGAAUAACACAAUUACUCGGUAUCCACAGAUCACAGAAUCAUACAACACCAUUACAAACUCUAGGUAUAACGUAUCUAAAUAUCCUCAGACACGUAUAGUUUUGCGUCGUGCAGUUGGUCAGGAUACAAUUGGUGACUAUAUCCAUAAUGAUGUCGUUCCAAUUCGUGGAUCUAAAGAAAUUACAUUCCAGCCCAUCAGAGAAUUUUCUACUGUAAAUCGUCGAACUUUUGUUGCUCCCGAAGUCAUGAAAUACACUUUUUCUCGCUAA